AUGGCUGUGAACGUUUACUCAACCUCAGUGUGCAGUGACAACUUGAGUCGUCAUGAUAUGCUUGCAUGGAUCAACGAAUCGUUACAGAUCAACCUUACUAAGAUAGAGCUGUUAUGUUCAGGUAAUUGGCAGGUUAUGGAUGGCACAACUGCAUUUGUUCUUGCAUUACAUCAUAAGGCAGAGAUCGCUUAUAGUUGGGGAAAAUGAAAGUAAAUCCUGUAAUUGAUGUGGCCUAAAGGUGUAGCCUACUUUGCUUUAGUGUCAAUAUAUAUGUGAUCAAAGAGGAAUAGUUCAAUAGCAUUUGUGUUGACCCCUGGUGUGCCUGUCUUCUCAAGGUGCGGCCUACUGCCAGUUCAUGGACAUGCUCUUCCCCGGCUGUGUGCCUUUGAAGAAAGUCAAAUUUGCUGCAAAACUAGAGCACGAAUUCAUUCACAACUACAAGAUUUUGCAAGCUGGCUUCAAAAGAAUGGGUGUCGACAAAGUAAGUAGGCUAUUCUAUUUUCCCUCCCAGCAUGUCCUAGGCUCUAGAGUGUACAUCCAGAGCUCUAUUUGCCGGGCUGAUUAUAUUUUUUGAACUGGUUGCUUUUGAAGCAUAUUUAUCCUUUUGCUUCCUGUCUUUACCAUGUGUUGGCUUGUAACAUGAAAACAAUUCAACAACAGCAUGUUCUCUAAUCCUAAUAUCCUAAUCUUUAGCUUCUCAUUUGGAUUUACACAUAUCAGAGUUGCCCAUAGUGUGUGUGUACCAAUGAUGUCAGCUGCUGUAUACUUCUCUGCCACUGCUUGCUAAUUGUGUUUACUGCUGAGCUAGCAUGACCUCUCUCUACAGUGGCUCACUGAUAUUGACCUUCCUGUGCCCGCAGAGAGAACUGUUGGCAUCCUAUACAGUCUCCACUCUGUUAGUCAUUAGUUCUCAUCCAGUAGUUGGAUGGCGUAUUUGUUGACUUCGGCUACUGCACAGUGAAGUGCUCUCCUGUGUGUGUGUGUGUGUGUGUGUGUGUGUGUGUGUGAGAGACAGAGAGCAAAAAACUUCAGAGCGAGAGUUUGGAUUUUCUCCAGUCCAGUAUCAUGACAAAGUCCCUUAGAAAUGGACGGUCCUUGUCUCCUAGUCUCUGUGUGUUAUAUCCACAUUCCGACAGCAUUUAUAACGGUAGUCACUACCUCUGUGAUGCAUGUUUAGUCUAAAUCAACUGUGUAUGAUGUGCACAUCCACCAUAUUUAAUAAAAAAAUUUGGUGUUGAAUCCACGUACCUCGUGCUUUGUUCUUCCCAAGAUCAUCCCUGUUGACAAGUUGAUAAAAAGCAAGUUCCAGGACAACUUUGAGUUUGUGCAGUGGUUCAAGAAGUUCUUUGAUGCCAACUAUGAUGGGAAAGAGUAUGACCCUGUGGAUGCUCGCCAGGGCCAAGACACAAUGCCCAUGUCCAGCCCCGCCAUGUCGGCCCUCAACAAGCCCAAGAAGGUCCUCAACGCUGGUGAGAGUGGUGGCUGAGCCUGUGCAAUGGUUUUUAUAUAUAUUUUCACUGUACUUUUUAGGAGUGGUUCCCCUACAUAAUGUUCUAGGCGGGGCACAAAGGCCCCAAAAUCAACAUCUUGAGACCUCUUGAGCUAAAAUUGUCAAUUGAAAGCAACAAAAUCAAAAUUGUUUUAGUUUGAGGGUAGAAUGGAAAUAGUGUAGGAGAAACACUGACUUGCAGCAAGAAAUGGCUUCUGUAAGCAGUCUAGAGGUGACUUGUCUUUCCAUACUGAAACCUACUGAGCUUCUUAAUAACAACCUCUCCCCAUCUCUUUUCUGAUUGGUUGCUUGUUCCCCUCAGCACCCCAACGGGCAGCAGUUGCCAAGGUAGCACCCAAAAUAGCGCCCAGCUUGGCGCGGAGACCAGGGGCUGGCGGAGGUGACGAGGAGCGGGCAGAACUCAUUCAGGAGGUACUGUCAUCCUUCCAUUCAUAAAUUGAUGUGCCCUGUCGUGUUAGAAAUAAUAACAACUGGUUUGACUGAAAUUCUAGCCAAAGUUCAGAGAUAUACAGACUGCAUCAUCUGUUGCCCAUCUCCCUCCCCCUAGGUGAAUAUACUGAAGUCCACCAUCCAGGACAUGGAGAAGGAGAGGGACUUUUAUUUUGGCAAACUGAGGAACAUUGAGCUCAUCUGCCAAGAGAAGGAAGGAGAGGGUGACCCCACGCUGCAGAGGAUCGUGGAUAUACUCUACGCCACAGAUGUGAGUUUAGUCAACAUUACACACAAAGCCUCGACG